UGAAUCGGUUUUAUACAGUCAUUUCAUUACCCUGACUGUAAAUAAAUAAUUAUCAGUCAGAAAAAAUCAUCCAACUCUUAUCAUGGAUUUCGAAACCAUCGCAAGUCAGAUUAUCAACCGCAGGAGGUCAUCAAAGCCAAAGCCGUGGCAGAGGUUGAAAUCGAAAUUUGCAAUAAGAGGUUUUGAAAAAUCUAAAUCUUCAUAUGAUUUCGUUAUGUCUGGAAACUUCUCUAAUUUACCACGAAUGAACAGCAAAUCUGUUCGUAUCUUCAUCAGCUCGACGUUUUCUGACUUAAACUUAGAGAGAAAUGUAUUGAUGAAGUACAUAUAUCCAAAACUCAAAGUUUACUGCCGUGAGAAGUAUGGUUUUGAUUUUUACGCUAUCGACAUGCGCUGGGGUGUGCCAAAUGUUACUCAGCUAGAUCAUCUUGGUCCAAAAACAUGCUAUGAUGAAGUUGAACAUUGCAAGUUUCUUUCAAUCGGUCCAACUUUUAUCACUGUACUUGGUCAGCGUUAUGGAGAAUAUGAGAUUCCAUUUACGAUCAACUCAUAUGAGAUGGAACUUCUAAAAGACUGGUCAAAAAAGAUUCAAGGAGUAUCUCCUAAGUGUUUUGAAGCGUUUGAAGAAUGGUAUUUGUGUGACAAAAAUGAUAUAAAUCAGGCUUACCAUUUAAAGCCAAUAGUGGAAGCAUUUCAGCUGGGAGAUAAUCGAUUUGUAGAAGAUGCAAAACAACGGUGGUAUGAUGAUCGUAAAGCUAUGCAUCUUGGUAUUAAUAAAAUAAUUCCAGUGUUGACCGAACAGGGGUUGAUAUCAAGUCAAGAGGCAAUAAAAUACUCUCUUUCAGUUACCGAACAUGAAAUAAUACUGGGUAUACUUAAUGCAGAUGAUUCAGAUAAGCGAAAAUGCGCAGCAUUUACAAGGACUAUCAAAGAAAUUGAUGAAGUUUUGCAAAGUAAACAAGCAAACAAAUUUCUAGACAUGAAUCACAAUGGAACAUUAGACGAAACGCGUUUUGAACAGAUAAACUGUUUAAGAAAUAUUACUUUAGCUGCUGUUUUAAAAGAGAACAAUAUCCGCAAUUAUGAAAUACCAUGGUCAGCGAUCGAAAAUGAUGGUUUAGAACGCACGUUGUAUCUACGAAAAUUUGGUAUGGAUUUUGAGAGUAAAACAAUUUCACUCAUUGAUAAAGCAGUUUCAGAAAUGUCAAAUUUUGAAAAUGAUGACUUGUAUGUAGAGGUUUUGCAACAUUUAAAUCAUUGUAAUGAAUUUGUUCAAGAAUUUCAUGGUCGUAGUGAUGUAUUAGAAGUUGUAAAACGAUAUAUUCAGGGCGAUUCCUUAGAUCCAUUUGUAAUAUAUGGUCAGUCCGGUAGUGGGAAAACAUCUGUAAUGGCUAAACUUGCAGUAACAGCAAGAGAUUGGAUAAAUGAAAUCAGUAAUUCCAUAAAACAUACUAACAGCUUUAAUCAAUUCCGUAUUCGAUCAAAACAUGCCAAAAAUAACAGAACGAACCUGGAAGAAAAAGAAUCAAAUCCAAAUCUUGUACCAAAUAAUUCUAUAUUACCUAAUCCUAUCGAUUCAGUCAUUGUAAUAAUACGUUUUUUAGGGACAAGUCCAGGUACCUCAACAUUACGUCAAACAUUGAAAUAUACUUGCAGACAACUUGUUGCAAAUAUUAAUAGUAUUGGGAGUAUGAGUAAUUCAGAAACAUUUACAUUCAUUGAUCCGGAAGUUAUUCGAGCACAAGAUGAUUUUCAGUCUAUUCUUAAUACAUUUUACGAUCUAUUAAUUCAACUUUCAAAUAUGCAAAGACAUGUAUUAAUUUUCUUUGAUGCCAUUGAUCAACUUGAGCCUUCGGAUGGUGCAUAUUUUCUUGGUUGGAUACGAGUUCCUUUGCCUAGAUAUGUCAAAUUAAUCAUUUCAACAUUACCAGAUAUUGGAGGGAUAUUAGAUAAUUUUCGAUCAAAUUUUCUGUCUCAUAAUCCUUCAUCUUCUUUGCCUAUACAUCUACAAAAUUCAAAUGAUUUAGAAAACAAUGUUCCAGAUUCUUUACCUUAUCCAAAUUUCAUUGAAGUUGAAGUACUUGAUGAUAGUAUGUGUGAACAAUUAUUAAAAACAAGAUUAGCUUCUAAUGGAAGGUGUUUACAGCCAUUUCAAUGGAAAUUAGUUAAAAGAGCACUGUCACAUUGUCAUUUAACAUUAUUUAUUGUUCUUGUAGAACGCGUAGUAAGUCAAUGGAAAUCAUGGCAUCAACCUGAUUAUAUUUUAAAAAAUACAGAUGAUCAAAUUAAUGCGAAUACACCUUGUACAGAAGAAGAAGUUGAAUUAGCAGUUAAACAAUGGCCUAAUUUAGAACUAGCUUUAACAGUUAGAGGAGCGAUUGUACAAUUCUUUGAAUCAUUAGAACAUACACACGGUAAAUUAUUGACUUCUCACGCAAUAUCCUAUAUCACAGCUUCACGUCGUGGUUUAAGUGAGGCAGAAAUCGUGGAUUUGUUGUCUCUCGACGAUGAAGUUCUUCGAGAUGUUUUUGAACAUCAUUUGCCACCGCAAGUUCGAGCCCCUCCAUUUGUCUGGACAAGACUUCGAAACGCAUUGGGAUCAAAUUUGGCUGAACGUGAGGCUGAUGGAAUAGUAGUUUUAUUUUGCAUUUUAGUUUGUAAACAAGAAAUUUCCAGUAUCAACGUAUAUUUAAAAGAUUUUUAUGGGCGUAAAGGAUUUAAAAAGCCUUUGUGCCAAAGUAAACUUCCACCAUCUAGUAAUGAAGAUAGAAUGGUGCCACCACAACCAUAUGUAUUCGAGGAAUCUCAAAUAAGUGGCAAGAAGAAACUGCUCUUAAAUUUAAGAAAAUUAAAUGAGCUGCCAUGGCAUUUAUGUCAUUCAGGUCGAUUUGAAGAAUUUUACUCAGAGAUAAUGUUUAAUUACGAAUUUUUAUACAACAAAUUACGUGGUACUUCUAGGUCUCAAUUACUCAUGGAUCUACAACUUCCAAUAGAAGCAUAUCGUAUAUUACAAAUUGAACAACUUCUUUCUUCAUGCACUCAACUAGGUCGAUUGUCUACAAAUGAUAUUCGGGCCAAGCUAGGUGGAUUGAAUUCUGCACUAUUCACCAAUCACUCAUCACUACUACCUGCGUCUGAUACAACAACCAAUGCUAAUAACCUUUCUGCAGUUUAUAAUACCGACAUGCAGUCGCCGGCUUAUUUAAGACCUCCUCCACCAGAAGCUUUCAAAGUAUACAAUUGUAUACGUAUUGCUGCUCUAAGUUUAGACUAUCAACCAUCUAGUUUACCUAUUGAUAUUUUAGGACGUCUAACAAAAAUUUAUCAACCACCAUCAUAUUUACAUCGUACGCGCAGGCGUUUAUCAACAUAUACCUCUUCAGGGUCUCGUCGUAGUGUGUCUAUGUUAAAUCCAAAACGUGAAUUAAUUCAUAGACGUCGAGUGGCUGAAACAGAAAAACCUGUAAAUAUUUACAGAGAUUUAUUAGAAAAACUCUUAGUUCAAUCAAGAUAUCUUGGUUGCAAACAAUGCGCUUUACUACCACGUACAACAUGUUUUGAUUCAGGCAGCGGUUUAUUACAUACAACAUUUGAUAUUGGACUAGGUAUUGGACGUUUAAUGUCUAAUAAUUUAAUUUUAGCAGUUGCUUUAAAUGGUAAAUCAGUUAGUUGGUAUGAUUUAGAUGGUAACUUGGUAAAAACUAUAAGUCUACCUGAAGUUAAUUUAUUUUCAAUGAAAUUUUUAUUAGCUUCACAUGGUGCUCCAGAUCCUAUAUCAAUAUGUGCAUUACCAGUCAAUAAAUCACCAGAACUUAAUAAUACUAAUCGUCAUUCUGAAGAUAUAAAAUAUAAAGAUAAUCGUUUAAUUUCAGUUGCAAAAAUUGAUUAUUUCUCUGGUCGUGUAACAACUUUAUCUAUAUUAGAUGAACCAUGGUCUGAUAUAUUUAGUAUGCCUUCACUUAUAUUAUUAACGAAUCAAUGGAUUGGAUCAUUAGUUGAUACAACAUUUUAUUUAGGUUAUUUACCUAAAAAACAAAUGAUUAUUAAUGGUUAUACAAUUGAAAGUCAUUCAUUUUAUCAUUCAAAUGUAUUAAAUAUAAUUAGUUUUACUUUAACUGAUUUUGGUGCAUUUCUAAUUGAUACAAAAGAACAUAGUGUAGUAUUUAUAUCUAUUCCAAAUGAUUUAACAAUUCAUAGUACAAUUAAAUUACAAUCAAAUAGUAUUAUAUGUUUUUGUUUUACAAAUCAUCAUGAAUGUGAAUUAAAAUUUUAUGAAAUGAAUCAAAUCAAAAAUGAUCAUUUAAAUGAUGAUGAUAAUCAUAAAAAUACAUCUUUUUUAAAUGGUAUCAAUGGUAUCAAUUUUCAUGGACUUAUUAUCUAUGAAAGUUAUUUAAAGAAUACAAUUAGUUUACAAAUAGUUCAAGUGAAUCGAUUUUUUAAUUGUUCAACACAUUUAAGUUAUACAGAUAAUUUAAUUGUAUAUUUAUUUAAUACACGUCGUAAAACUGCUGAAGAUUUUGGUAUUAUAUGGGAUCAAAGAUAUGAAACUUGUAUUCAUUUACAAUUACCAUUUAAUGUUCAACAAGAUAAUUUAAGUAAUGAUGAAGUGAAUUUAACAAAAGAAAUGUUAAAUUACACAUCUUCAUUCGGUAAAGGUGUUUCAGCUAUAUUUAGUUAUGAGAAUGAUCUUCUGUUCACUACUGGAAGAGAAUGUUUUCUACUAGUUUGGAGCACUAUGACUGGGCAUAUAUUAAAAAUUAUAGCACAAGGUUGUGCAGAAGGCAUUCUUUCAGGUUUGUCAGCACCUAGUCUGGACACAGACCUUGGAAUGACCACAACAACUUCAAUAAAAGGAACAACGAAUUCAUCGAUGGCUGGUUCUGUACUUGUGAUAUGUCAUUUCCCAGAUACAACCACACCACAAUACAGUGAAUCACCUGACCAAGCAAUGUUUAUCAUGUGCAAAAUAUUCAAUGUCAAGUCUUUGCGUAAACCAGACAAACAAUUAGCCGUAUUGGGUAGUCAACUUUUUUAUGCAGACGAUAAUCAGAAUACAAAUCUGAAUAUUGAAGAAAUCGCAACUGGUGGUCCGUUGGUUUAUUGGUCAGCUAAUAUGUCUAUCGAAUAUGUUUAUGAAGAUUGUUUAUCAACGCUUGUUUUGGUCACUCAAAGAAAAGAAGAACGAAAUAAUGUGGACAACUUAAUAUUAUAUGACCUAGAUGAAGAUUCUACUAAUCCAAUCUAUUCCUGGUCUGAUAAUGAAGUCAACGCAAAAUCAAUAGAUACCUUUUUAACAACACAACAACUUGUAGACUGGGCUACUACUACAACUGAUAUAAAGAGUAUGGGUACUGGUGAUAAAUGCCUUAGUUAUACUCAUGAUAUUUCAGUUUUUCUUCAUAAAACAGCUACAAAAAUUAAUACAUUAACAAUAUUUAAUCAAAAUCAGCUGUUAGAUAGUUACACUUAUCUAGAUCCUAUUCAUAUGAAAGAUUAUCUACCUAAUCUUUAUGUGCCUACAUCUAACGGUUUUAUUAGUAGUUUUGGUUUAAUUCAGUCUAAGUAUGGAAUGCUAACAUUGAUAAAACCUUCAUUCGAUGACGAAGCACCUUCGUUAUUAGUUAAAGUUUUAAUAUCUUCCGUUGAUAUGCACAAUAACAUGUACGAAUUUAAAAGUUUAUGGGGUGAACAACCUCGAGAGAUCAAUUUAAUUCAAGCCUACCAGUUAACCAAAACGGCUGGUAAAAUUCUAUUAGAUAAACGUGAUUUACAGAUAAUUUCUUUGAAUCUAUUAACAUACCGACCGAGUUAUCCUAACCAUAUAAUUAUUGGUUUGAAUGAAUCACAUAAAACAUUAUAUCCUGUGACUCGUUGUGAUGGGAGAACAGUUGUUUGGUUAGGUGUUAUUGUGAUUGUAGACCUCGGGUAUCCACAUGAAGAUGGAUGUAUGGAUAAGAAUAUCGAUAAUUACCCACAGGUAUUACACACAAUUCUACUUGAUUAUGGUCCGAAUUUAAUAUUAUUCCCAGAUGGUAUGACGGCCAUUAAUUAUCGAUUAAACAUGUAUAAUAUUGUAACUGGAAAUCGAAAAUAUGGAUCAGAAACUAGUGAGAUUGAUAAAUUUCUACAGAAAAUGAAUUCUGGUCAUUUCAAUUUGUCAACUGAAAGCGUUAAUGAUAAUGAUGAGACAAUUAACUUUUUGAAUACUGAACAAGCCUUUGGAGAUCUGGUAACAGAUAAACAACUUGGAAAUAUUAUUGUCAGUAAAUCAUCAAAUGAAGAGAAUAUAUUUGUUCAGUCGAUUGUGUUAGCGUCAGAUGGAAAGUUACUGAUUGGUAAAAGACAUCAUCCUGAACAGAGAAUUCAUUUAGAUCUGGAUGGCGAAUCAUCCUCUGAGAGUUACGAUUCCGAUGAUUCAGAAACUGAUUAUGGUGCAUCACCAGCUAGAUGUUUGGUCGCUUAUGAAAUAUCAACAGCACAAACAGAAGUAUCAUCACCAUUGUCAUCCUUACCAAAAGGCGUAAUAAGCGAUAUACAGUUGAAUCCUGUAACAGAAUACAUGUUUGAAAAUGAGCCAUAUAUGCUAUGGUUAUCUAGAGAUACGAAAACGUUGAUUGCAGUCACACCAAAUGAAUACCUUAGGGGAUUUGAUUUGGGUCUACAUCAAGAUGGAGAAUAUAAUCUAGGGUUAUUGGAGUCUGUGAACACGGAAGACCAAAUAUAUGAACAAAUUGAUGAAGAGGUAGACUGGAUAGAUGGUUCACUUGAUAAACUGACUGAAGAUGAGAAGAAGAUGAAAAUGUUGGAUUAUUUUGAAGAAUCGGGUUUAACUGAAAUGAUGAAGAAGGCCAUGUUUGAUGUUGUGGAUAAAAGACCAAUUGAUCCAAUAUCAUAUAUUGCUAAAAGUCUUUUAAAACAGCAUCAUUCACAAAACAAUUAAUUAAUA